UGUCAUGUUGUCAAAUCAAAACAAUCUCUGAAUUUCUUCUCAAAUCAAAAUAAUGAUAAAAUCUUUUGAAAAAAUUGAAUAAUUUCAGUUUAAAUACCUAAAUUUCAUACAUAAUUAUCAAUUUACUGAAUCAGACAUGGCUCUUCUACCAUUACGACGACUUUUCACGAAUAACCUAAAAAAAUAUGGAGCUUUAACGCCGCUGCGAAAUUUGACUUCGAAACAGUUGGUUUACUCUGAAUUUGGAGAACCUCUCAACGUGGUAAAGUUCAAAGAAGUCGAGAUACCAAAGCUUGGCCCUCAGGAUGUGCUAGUCCGUAUGCUUGCAGCCCCGAUCAACCCAGCUGACAUUAAUACUAUUCAAGGAAAAUACCCAGUUAAAGUUAACCUGCCAUCCAUAGGAGGAAACGAGGGUGUAGGUAUUGUGGAAGAGACUGGCAAUGAUGUGCAGGGUAUAAGUCCAGGAAACAAAGUGAUUGUCAUCAAACCAGUCCAGGGAACAUGGAGGAACUUGGGAACAUUUCACAAAGAUGUCCUCCAUGUGGUCCCGGAUGAACUCGGUGACGUGGAGGCAGCCACUUUAUCAGUCAACCCGUGUACUGCCUACAGGAUGCUUACAGAUUUUGUACCUGUCCGCGAGUCAGGCUUAGUUGUCAUACAGAAUGGAGGCAAUAGCGCCUGUGGACAGGCUGUCACUCAACUGUGCAAGGCUUGGGGAAUCCAAAAUGUAAGCAUUGUAAGAGACAGACCAGAAAUAGCACAACUUAAAGAGUACUUACAAUGUAUGGGAGCAACUUAUGUCUUAACCGAAGAAGAGUUACGCAAAACAACUAUAUUCAGGAACAAGGAAAUUGAUCGUCCAUCUCUGGCUCUUAAUUGUGUGGGAGGGAAGAGUUCCCUGGAGGUGCUCCGGCAAUUACAACAUUCUGGAAAAAUGGUCACCUACGGUGGCAUGUCCCGAGACCCAGUCAGCAUACCAACUGCUUCUUUUAUUUUCAAAAACCUGUCUUUCCAUGGAUAUUGGAUGACAGCUUGGAAUGAAAAAGCUAAACCUGAGGAAAAGAAACAAAUGUUGUCUGAACUGAUAAGUUUAAUGUGUGAAAAUAAACUGAAAGGACCACUGCAUACUAAAGUUAAGUUUGAAGAAUAUGAAGAAGCAAUUGUUAAUACUUUAGCCCCAAAAGGAUUUUUGGGCAGCAGAAGUCCCCUGCUCCCCACCCUGCCUUCCAUCCCCGGGGACGAGGGCGUCGGCGAAGUGGUGGAAGUCGGCAGUCUAGUGAACAGGGUGGAGCCGGGCGAGCGCGUCGUCAUCGUGUCCCGGAACCUCGGCACCUGGCGCCACUACGGCGUGUUCUCCGAGACCCACCUCCACGUCAUCUCCCCCAACCUCCCCCUCGCUGAGGCCUCCAUGCUGGCCAUCGCCCCCCGCACCGCCUACCGCAUGCUCAAAGACUACAGACACCUCGAACCACGGCAGUCCGUCAUACAGACCGGCGCCAACAGUGCCGUCGGCCAGUGCGUCAUCCAGCUAUGCAAGCUCUGGGGCAUAAACACCUUCAACAUUGUGGCUAGCCACGUCGGGUAUGACGAGGUGAAGAAAUACCUUCUGAAACUCGGUGCCACUGAAGUGUAUACCCUGGAGGAAGCCGAGGAACUGACGUCGUUCGACACUUCUAUUUCCAGACCAGUGUUAGGAUUGAAUUGUCUCGGCGGGAGAUACGAGGAUGUCAUGCUGCGGCUUAUGGAGAAGUGUGGCAGCCUCGUCUACUAUGGAAGUGCCUAUUGCGCACCAUUCUCAAAGCAAUUCCUCAGGAAUGACCUAUCGUUUCAUAGAUUUCACAUAGCCGAAUACGAUGCUAUCGCAUGCAAAAUUGAUCAGGGUAUUAUGAUGAAUUAUCUCAUCUCGAUGAUGGUCAUCGGGAAAAUAGUGGCACCGUUGUACAAGUCACUAGAAUUGAAUAAGUAUACACAUGCAUUCAGGAACUCUAAAGAUUGUGAAGCCUUUUCAACGACGAACUAUGUAUUUGACCUCACUAUGCCCGCGUAAAUUCAAAAAUGCCGGUAGGUAGUAGCCUGAGAUGAGUACCGAAGUAUAAACCUAUUAAGUAUAUGGAAAACUACCUACUCUGUAACGCAAAUACACUGUAACUGCUCUACGUGCCUAAUA